CCCUGAUAAGGGGGACGCCAAGUUGGGGCGGCUGGAACGGAAGAUUUCAGAGCUCAGCGCCUGACCGAAGACCUCUGGAGCUGCAGUCCCCAAGCCGCCUCUGGUAGCACCAUGCCGCGCCUUGACCUGAGACCCUGGGUCUGCCUGCUGCUGCUGGACUCGGCCUUUCUUUGGGUGCUUCAAGGGACUCUGGGGGCUCUGCUUCCCGGAGGCCUUCCAGGCCUAUGGCUGGAGGGGGCCUUGCGACUUGGAGGGCUGUUAAAGCUGGGAAGGCUGCUGGGAUUUGGGGGGACAUUGCUGCCCCUGCUCUGCCUGGUGAUGCCCACUUUUCUUUCGCUGAGGGCCCUGGUCCCAGGGGCCUUGCAUGCACCCCCAGUCCGAGUGGCUUCAGCCCCUUGGAGCUGGCUGCUGGCCAGCUAUGGGGCUGCAGCGCUAAGCUGGGCAUUAUGGGCCAUACUGAGCUCUGGGGGAGCCCCUGCCUCAGCCCAGGAGAGGAAGCAGGGCCAGGAGAACAAAGCAUUGAUGUGGAGGCUGCUGAAGCUCUCUAGGCCAGACCUGCCUUUCCUCAUUGCUGCCUUCUUCUUCCUUGUUAUGGCCGUUUGGAGUGAGACAUUAAUUCCUUACUAUUCUGGUCGUGUGAUUGACAUCCUGGGAGGUGACUUUGACCCUGAAGCCUUUACCAGUGCCAUCUUUUUCAUGUGCUUCUUCUCCUUUGGGAGCUCACUGUCUGCAGGCUGCCGAGGUGGCUCCUUCCUCUUCACCAUGUCCAGAAUCAACUUGCGAAUCCGGGAACUGCUCUUCUCCUCCCUGCUGCGCCAGGACCUCGGCUUCUUCCAGGAGAUUAAGACAGGGGAGCUGAACUCACGGCUGAGCUCGGAUACUACCUUGAUGAGUCGCUGGCUUCCUUUAAACGCCAAUGUACUCUUGCGAAGCCUGGUGAAAGUGGUGGGACUGUAUAGCUUCAUGCUCAGCCUGUCACCUCGACUCACCCUCCUGUCUCUGCUCAACGUACCCCUCUCAUUAGCAGCUGAUAAGGUGUACAAUUCACGCCAUCAGGCAUUGCUUCAGGAGAUCCAGGAUGCUGUGGCGAGAGCAGGGCAGAUAGUGCGGGAGGCAGUUGGAGGACUGCGAACUGUCCGGAGUUUUGGGGCAGAGGAGCAUGAGGUCCUUCGCUAUAGGGAGGCCCUUGAACGUUGCCGGCAGCUGUGGUGGCAACGAGACCUGGAACGAGCCCUGUACCUGGUCUUCCGGAGGCUGCUGCACUUGGCAGUGCAGGUGCUGAUGCUGAACUGUGGUCUGCAGCAGAUACUGGCUGGAGAUCUUACCCAGGGCGGGCUGCUCUCCUUUCUGCUCUACCAGGAGGAUGUGGGAAAUUAUGUGUUUAGCCUAGUAUACAUGUGGGGAGAUAUGCUGAGCAACGUGGGAGCUGCUAAGAAGGUUUUUUGCUACUUGGACCGACAGCCAGACCUGCCCCCAUCAGGGACACGGGCCCCUUCCACCCUGAAGGGGCAUGUGGAAUUCAAAGAUGUCUCCUUUGCAUAUCCCAGUCAUCCUGACCAGCCUGUGCUCAAGGGGUUGACGUUCACCCUUAGUCCUGGUGAGGUGACCGCGCUGGUGGGACCCAAUGGGUCUGGGAAGAGCACAGUGGCUGCCCUGCUGGAGAAUCUGUACCAGCCCACAGGGGGCCAGCUGCUGCUGGAUGGGGAGCCCAUCUCCCAAUAUGAGCACCGCUACCUGCACAGAAAGGUGGUUUUGGUGGGGCAGGAGCCUGUGCUUUUCUCGGGCUCUGUGAGGGACAACAUUGCUUAUGGACUGGAGAACUGCACGGAUGAGGAGGUUAUGGCUGCUGCCAAGGAUGCCCGUGCAGAUAAAUUCAUAGCGGAAAUGGAGCAUGGGAUGCAUACAGAUGUAGGAGAGAGAGGGAGUCAGUUGGCUGCGGGACAGAAACAGUGUCUGGCCAUUGCCCGCGCGCUUGUACGGGACCCACAGGUCCUCAUCCUGGAUGAGGCCACCAGUGCCCUGGACGUUGAGUGUGAGAAGGCGGAUGGGUUCUGGGUGGGUUUCCUGGGUGGUGGCUCUAUUAGUCAGUCUGAUCAGGCUGGAUUCCUCUGUGACUCAAGGCAGAAACUCUCCAGUGAUGUGGGGAUGUUUGUGGCAUUGACGGAGCUGGGGAGACCUGAUGCUGAGCGAUGGAACAACCGGACGGAUAUAUUGGAGAGGAGCAGAGCUUCUGUGGACGUACUCUGCAGAUAUAAUUACAAACUUGGUGCAUCCUUCACAGUGGGGAGAAAAGUGCAACCGGAGGUGAUGGUGUAUCCAGAGAGGACCCCAUCCCUACAACACCCCAAUUUACUGCUCUGCUCUGUGACAGAUUUCUAUCCAGGGAACAUCAAGGUCAGAUGGCUCCGGAAUGGGCAGGAAGAGAAAGAUGGGGUCAUGUCCACUGGCCUUAUCAGGAAUGGAGACUGGACUUUUCAGAUUAUGGUGAUGCUGGAAAUGACCCCUGAACUUGGAGAUGUCUACACCUGCCUUGUGGACCACUCCAGCCUGCUGAGCCCUGUUUCUGUGGAGUGGAGUGAGAGUCAGCUUCUGUGCUCUCUAGGCCUGACUCAGGAUCAUACUGAAUCUAUAUGGGGCCUGUGUUACCUCUGCACACUUCUUGGUCACAACACCAAUUCUUUUCCCUAAUCUGGGCGAGUCACAGAGAUCUGGAGUCCUUGGGCUAAAGUGGGAGUAAACAUUGCAGAUAUCUAUCCUGUACCUUCCAAGCCCUGGUGGUACAGUGGUUAAGAGCUCAGCUGCUAACCAGCCAAAAGGUUGGCAGUUGGAACUGUCAGCUGCUCCAUGGGAGAAAGAUGUGGCACUCUGCUUC